GAGGCUGCAGGGUCAUGCUAAAAGAAGAAAAUGCAGAAGGAUCAAUUGGUGCAUAUGGUUGAGUGAAUUUUCCCAAGGGGAAAGUCCCGGAGUGGAACUAGAAGAAAAUGGAGAAGUUACAAAGAGGUUUUGGUGAUGAUGGGGAAGAAGAAGGGUAUGAUGCGGUGGUUGUGGGGUCCGGCUACGGUGGUUCUGUGGUUGCUUGUAGGUUGUCCAUGGCAGCUGCAGGCAUAAGGGUUUGUCUACUUGAGAAAGGCCGCAGAUGGGAAUCUACAGAUUUCCCAACUGACAGCUUCAAGUUGUUGUCAUCUUUGAGGAUGGAGAGCCGGAACCUAGGCCUUAGUUUUGGUUCCAAGGAUGCACUAAUCCAGGUAUACGAGCAAAAUGAUUCUGUAGCAGCAGUGGGUUGUGGGCUUGGUGGAGGCUCACUGGUGAACGCGGGAGUUAUGAUGCCAACGCCAGUUCGGGCCAGACGACAUCCAAAAUGGCCAAACGACUGGGAGAAGAACUGGGAUCAUUGUGGGGCUUCUGCUGCAGCCAUGCUCAAAAUACAAAGUGUUCCUGUGAAGUUUUCUAUUGGGCAGGCCUUGGAAGACAUCGCCAUUAAAGAAGAGGUUGGAGAAACUUCUGAGACUUCUGUGAAGCUGACUGUGAAUUUUGACUUUGAAGAUCAACGUCCAGGAAGCUCUGAAACUUCGAAACUUCAAGAGAUGGGGAGCUGCUUGGCCUGUGGAAAUUGUCUUUCUGGAUGUCCUUAUAAUGCCAAAGCUUCUAACGACAAAACUUAUCUACUUUCAGCAAUCCAGGCUGGAUGCACUGUUAAAACUCAAUGCCAAGUGCAGUAUGUGAUUAGAAACACGCAUGACAAUGACGGCAAAAGUGGCAGAAGAAAGAGAAGAUGGCGGGUUUAUUUGAAUGAGAUUGAUUACGUGACAUCCGAUUUUGUAAUCCUAUCAGGGGGAGUUUUUGGCACGACUGAGAUCCUGUUUCAGUCACAAAUGAGAGGGCUGAGAGUUUCAGAAGCUCUUGGCUCAGGGUUCAGCUGCAAUGGAAAUAAUGUUGCUUAUCUCACGGGAAGCUCGACGCCAUUGAAUGGUUAUGGACUAGAUAAGAAGGAACUCUUUAAGAUUCCAUUUCAAGCAAGGCCAGGACCCUCCAUCUCAACAUCUUACACUUCAUCAAUGGGUUUUACAAUCCAGAAUGCUAUACUUCCAACAGCUUAUCCGCACCUUCUAUUCAAAGGAAUUUUAUCCUAUGGAUGGCCUGGUGGAUAUUGGUUUUUUCAUGGGAUUUUAGACAAGAUAAAACUUGCAAUGGGUUUUAAAGCAACUCAAGCAGUGGCUCUUCUUGCAUUUGGACAUGAUGAGAGUGAUGGCAAGAUCAUGUUAGAGAAGGGCACCAACAAAAUCAGCUUUAUCCCACCUCGUGAUCCCCUUCUCCCACGAAAAAUCAAGGUCUUUCAAAAGCUCACUCAGAAACUAGGAGGAGUUCUCUUCAUGUCAAAAUACCGGAGCACAGCAGUCCAUCUUUUAGGUGGGUGCAAUGCAUCAUCAUCAGGUCCUUCACAUGGUGUUUGCAACUCCAAAGGGCAGGUUUUCGACCCUCUGGCCACGGUCCAUCCAGGCCUCUACGUGUGUGAUGCUUCUUUGAUCCCAUGUUCCGUUGGCAUCAACCCAUCUUUUACUAUUGCCACUGCAGCUGAGCACAUAAGUAGGCACCUUGUGCAAGAUGUUUUGGAGUACAAGAUCAGGAGAGAAGGUACUAAUUAUCUUGGAGAUGUUCAAGAUCCAGAUUCCUUCACUGAGAAGACUAAGACUAAAGAUAAUGGCCGGAGAUCGGUUGUCACGUUUAAAGAAACCAUGAGAGGUCAUGUUGGGGGCAUGCCAUGCACAGCUUAUCUCAAAAUGAAGAUGAACCCUCAUGGUGAGGACCAGAAGGACUCUGAUAUUGAAUGGAACUUGGGUACUAAUAUUCAUGGGAAAUCUCAUCCCCUUCUAAGAGGGAAAGUUGGAGGGCAUGUAGAAUUUAGAGGCUUUGAGAAGGAUAAUUUACACAUCAUAGACGGGGAUGUAAAUUUGUGUGAAGUGGAUUCCAGAACUCCGUACACACACUAUAUGCGUUAUCAUCUUCAUCUUGUGGCGUCUACCGGUUCAAGAUAUAUUCUAGAGGGGAGAAAGAUAAUGAAUCCUUAUCUCCUUGCAUCAUAUGCAUGGAGGGAAGCUACCACACUGCAUGUGACAUUUGAAAAAGUUGCCGACAAAAGCUCAAAGAAUGAUGAUCAUGACAAGGUGAUAUUAAAAGGGGAGCUUAGUAUUUCCAUGAUGGAGCUUCUUAAGAGCCUCGUGAGCUUUGAAGGAAACAAGAAAGGAAAGUUCUUAAGCCUCCUCUCAGGGACUCUCUUCAGAACCUAUUUCUUGCAGACACCUCGAGGGAGCCAAGAGCACUUUAAUCUGUCAGAUUGUGAACACAAAUAUUCUUAUCCAAGCAGCACUCUUCACGACAUAAAAACAGAAGAUGGAGUGGUUAUCAGUUGCAGGCAAUGGAAGUGCCAGCAAAGUUUGUCAAAACUUAGAGGAUCAGAUGAACAACGAAACCCGAUUCUCCUUGUUAAUGGAUAUGCUGUUGAGAGUUACUGGCUGCCAACAGAGCCAAAUGACUUGGUCAGAACUUUGAUUGAAGAAGGGCAUGAAACAUGGCUGUUACAAUCAAGGCUGCAUGUUCUGAACCCUUCAAACAAUUUUACCCUUGAAGAUGUUGGAAGAUUUGAUAUCCCUGCUGCAAUUAAUAAGAUGCUUGAAUUGCUUGGGCCAAACAUAAAGGUGCAUGUAGUUGCACACUGUGUUGGAGGCUUAGCCAUACACAUAGCUCUCAUGGGAGGUCAUGUCUCUGCUAGCCAUAUAGCUUCUCUGUCUUGCACCAACUCUUCCAUGUUCUUCAAGCUUAAUGCUUUGUCCACUGUCAAAAUGCGACUUCCUCUGCUCCCAGUAUCAAUGUUCAUACUUGGAAAUAACAAGACGCUUCCUCUUGUGGAAACAUCAACAUCACCACCAGUGAGCUCACGUCAUAGGCUCCUGAAACUGAUAGCCCGCCUGAUACCGCGGUACGAGAGAUGCAGCUGCAGUGAAUGUGAGGUUGUCUCCGGCAUAUUUGGGAACGCAUUCUGGCACGAAAACAUAAGUCCAACAGUGCACCAGUGGUUGAACAAGGAAAGCUCAACAAGGCUUCCAAUGGCAGCAUUUCCCCACCUCAGAAAGAUCUGCAACUCCGGUUUUAUAGUGGACAGCAAUGGCAGCAACUCCUAUUUGAUCCACCCACAAAGAAUGGCUCUCCCAACACUUUAUAUAUCCGGUGGGCGGCCUCUCCUUGUGACACCUCAGACUUCUUUUAUUGCUCAUAAAUACAUGAAGCUGCACCAGCCAGGGUUUAGGCAUGAGAGGGUUGUUGUGGAGGGUUUUGGGCAUUCAGAUUUGUUGAUUGGAGAAGAGUCUUGCGAGAAAGUGUUUCCUCACAUUUUGUCUCAUAUAAGAUUGGCUGAUGGUGAUGAGCAGCAAGGAAGAAAUGUUCAUAUCAAUGUUGCUGAGGGGAAGAAGGUCUUGUCUGAUUCAGAAGCUGAUCAAUAUCAAUAUGAAGAAGGAUUUGGAGGAUUUGGAAGUACUUGGUUCUCUCCUUUUGUUGUUCUUCUGCUGGCUCUUUUGUUGGUUUCUCUGUUGGCUAGAUUGUUUUAA